CGGCGCCAAAUCAAGUAUCGUCUCGGCACCUUAUCAAAUUUGACAAACUUGACGACAACAACCAUCUCGCACGCGACUUCUAGGCCAAAUCAUCAAUCACCUACCUUCCGAGAAACCUUCAAAAUGUCCAAACUUCUCAACGGUCUGCUUAGGGAGCAACACCACCAGAACCAGCAUGGCCUCGGGCCCGGCUUCGGCCAUGGUCAUGGUCAUCCGCACUCUUCCGAAUUCCACGGUCCCAACCGGGACCACAUGAUAAGCGCGAAGGCAGCGACUCUGAUUCUCCGUGGUGUGAUUGCGACCGGACCCGACCCAUCUUCGGCUUUCCGGACUUCUUCACCUACAUCUGGCCCCAGCCCCACAUCCCGGCCCAACACUAGUUCCGGCCACAACCCGACCAGCUCACAGCUAUUCACCCUUUCUUCCCAACAGCAGCGUCAAGACCAAUACCGAGUCCAUACCCAGGGCCAACAACACGGUGCGGCCGAGUACGAGUACGACGACGACGACGAUCAUUAUGAAGAUGAUCAAUAUGACGACGACGAAGCGCCCACUUCUGCUGCUAGCAGCUUCAGCAGCACUCACGGCAGCGUCGUAGUCGGCGGCGGCAGUUUCUGUAGCAGGGAUUGGUUCGAUGCUCGGCAACCUUCUGCUGCUGCGGUGGCGGCGGCGACUGCCUCGUUUGGGUCUUCGACCACGAGACCGGCGUCGUCGUCGUUAUCGUUGCCGCACAACCAGUCUGUUCCGAGCGGGGUCCCCAGAUCGAUGGUUGCUGCAGGCGUCGGAGGCAUCGGCAUUGGCGCCGGCAGAGAAAGUGUUUGCGGAGUCAUGCAGCACCCCCACCACCAACACUCCAAGUCUGUACCGGUUCUAAUGUCAAUGAAGGAUCAGUACAGUCGGAUGGCCAUGAUGCAGAACGCUCGCAAUGGGAGCCGAGGGUAUUUGGAUGUGGAUGAUGAGGAGGAGGGAGGUGAAGAUGAACGGGGAUUCGUAAUGCCAAACAGCAAGAGGGCUCGGCGAGGCUGAAUUUGCAGCUUGAAAAAACAAACUGGGGAGGAAAGGAGGGGGGGGAAGUUCGCAGCUAAAGAGGGAUUCGAAAUGAAAAGCAGGCAGAUUUGCUGCAGGUGGAUGCGGGUGCGCUGCGCCUGAUGCCACCAAGCCAAGGGCUGCGAACCAGGACACGGGGCAAGGAAAUGAACGAAUGUGCAAACGACCGAACGACUUUUACGACUCAAAAGCAUUUAAUGUAACACGAAAGGGAGAAAGAGGG